AUGGUUUCCUUCACCAAGCUCGUCACGGCCGCUCUUCUGAGCACCUCGACCUUCGCAGCUCCCCUCAACAUCUUCCAGAAACGCUCUGGCAGCAAGCGUGGCGCUGCAUACAAAGAGGCAUCCCUCGUCUCUGCUCUGACCAACGGUGGUGCUGUCUCUUGGGCAUACAACUGGAACUCAAGCCCAGACGGCGAUCUCCCUCCGGGCGUCUCUUUUAUCCCUAUGCUCUGGGGUCAAAAGUCCCUCGACGGCUGGUCAUCGGCUGUCCAGAGUGCACUCUCGUCCGGCAGCAAGUACAUUCUCGGCUUCAACGAACCGGACCUGCCCUCUCAGGCUAACAUGGCCGUUUCGGAUGCGGCCUCUCUCUACCGGGAGAACAUCACCCCUUACGCCGACCAGGCGACUCUCAUGACCCCAGCCGUGACCAACGGAAACGCACAGAACCAGGGACUAAACUGGAUGUCAUCUUUCCUUGAAUCCUGCAGUGAUUGCAAGGCCAGUGUGAUGGCUAUUCACUGGUACGGAACCGAUGCGGACGACUUCAAGAAUCACGUCACGAGCGCAGUCACUCUCGCCCAGCAGCAUGGAAUCCAAGAGGUAUGGAUCACGGAAUUCGGCGUCAACGAUAUCUCCCAGGCUGCUUCUUUCCUUCUCCAGGUUCUGCCCUGGCUCGACUCCCAGGAGGGAGUUGGUGGUUAUGCCUAUUUCUACUGCGCUAGCGGAUAUCUCCUUGACGGUACCGGUCUCAGUGCUAGCGGCCAGGUCUAUGCUUCCAGCUAA